CAUUGAUUGGAUGAAUUGGGCGUUUGUUGUCUACCACCUCGCUGCGAGGAUUGCUCAAGGGGAGAACCCUAUUCGCACGUCCCAACCUCGUAUCGACCGCCAUCCAUGGAUAAUAGUUAGGGUUGCCGUUGCUGCUGACCAUCAACCCCACCUCCAAGCUCAACUCCCGAAUAUCCAUCGCCAACCACCACCUUUGAUCUCAUUCCAUCCCCCUCCUAUGUGACGAAACAAAUCACCUCCAUGGCCUUCUACCCGGCCGGUCGGCGGUCACACCCCAGCAUCCACGACCCGGCGAUCCGCUCGCUGCGGCUGGGGGUCCUCAAAGCAGCCGUCAUCAACUUUAUCAUCCUCCAGAUCCUCUUCCUCGGGCUGUUCUGCUACCUGUUCGGCUCCCUGUUCCAAGAGACCACGCACAUCCACAACCUCAACGUCGUCUUCGUCGAUUACGACACCGGCGGCACCAUCGGCCAGGCCAUCCGCACCGCCUACAACCACCUCCAAGGCCCCGGCUUCCCGACCCUCACCGAACACCCUCCCUCCCAGUAUCCCACCCCCGAAUCCAUCCGCCACGCCGUCUGCAACAUCCAAUACUGGGGCGGUCUCUACAUCACCGCGAACGCGUCUGCCCUCCUCGCCGCGGCCUUCACCGGCACCACCUACAACCCAAACAACGUCCUCACCCUGAUCUGGAACGGAGCGCGCUACCCAACCCCCUCCUUCCUCACCACCCUCACCACCCCCUGGACCCUCACCUCCAACAACAUCCAACCCACCCCCCAAGGCUCCCGCCUCAUCUACAACACCCUGGUGAUCAUCCUGAUCCUGAUCCAAGAAUUCUUCUACCUGGGCUACCUCAACACCGUGUACACCCAAUUCCAUCUAUACACGAGCGUAUCGUCGCACCGGAUCGCCACCAUCCGCCAACUCAUCUCGGCGACCUACACGCUCAUCGGCUCCCUCUGCACCACGGCCGCCAUCUGGGCCUUCAAGCACGGCUGGUCCAUCAACACCGCCCAGUUCUUCCUCUCCUGGGCCACGCUGUGGCUGUUCGCGCAUCUCAAUUUCUUGGUCCUGGAUGUCUUCACCGUUUGGUUGCCGUUGCCCGUUGUCCCCAUGGCCUUGAUUAGUUGGAUCGUCGUCAAUGUCACCAGUAUUCUGCUGCCGUUUGAGUUGCAGCCGAUGUUUUAUAAGGGCGGGUAUGCCCUCCCGGCUCAUGCGGCGUUUCAGGUCCUCGUUGAUGUUUGGUCCGGGGGUUGUAAUCCACUGCUUGGGUAUGCGGUGCCUGUUAUGCUGGCGUAUGAGGUGUUGGGCGUGCUGGGGAGUGUGGUGGGGGUUUAUAGGAGGGCGCAUUUUGCGGUGUUGGCGGAGACGGAGAGGGAGGGGAAGGAGAGAGAGAAAGAGAAGGAGACGGUGGUUGAUGGUGGUGCUGGGGUUAAUGCGGAGAGGAAGGGGGGAGAGGGAGUGGGAGAUGGAGAAGGCGAGGAUGAAGCUAGGAGAGAAAGUGAAGGGCCCAGUGAGGAGACGGCCAGGGAGAGAGAGAGUAUGCGCGAGAGACAGACGCAGGAGAGCGCGGAUCUGGAAAGGCGCAGGACGGCUACACUGCCUGAAGAAGGCCUCGGGGAGAGGAUCUUGCAGGAGAUGUCCAGGGUCGAGACGAGUAGUCGCCAGAGCGUGGGGCCGUGUCUUGAUUUGCCGUUCAAGGAGUAG